CCAACAAACAACCAAAAAAACCAACAACAAUAUCAAACACACCAAUGUCGACGAAUCGACCUUACUGUGACUUAGUGGAAAUAAGUGAGGUGUUGUGCUAAAACGCGUUCGGUCCAGUCUCAAAUUUUCAUCACCAAAAUGUGAAUUGAAAGCCCAACUUUUUAAUACCAAAAACAUUUCUACAUAAAUUUUUUAAUGCUCAAAUAAAUACCAACUAUGGACUCAAACUUUGUUGUAAUAAAUGUGAUAUUGUGUGAAAUUCGAUAAACUCAGUUAGUGUUUAUGUGAUAUUUUGAACAAGUACAAUAGGAAUUUUUUUUGUUGGAAAAUGAGUGAUUGCAAGAGUCAAAAGGCCAAAAUGCGAGGGACAUUAAACGGUUUCCAUACCAGAAGAUUUUCUACCACGGCCAGGUGUCAAGGAAAAGCGUAGACGCAAGGUCUUACUACCAAGAUGUCAAACACCACCACAACUCUAAUGAUGGUUUUGGACAGAAACACAAGACCUCUACUUCUGAUGAGAGCAGUAAUAUUUCUGCUCUACUUCGAAUUCUGCUACAGCCAAUACGUCCAUCAACCUGGUAACUCAACAUCGUUAUAUAACGUCUUAAGGAGGAGGAAUCACGAUGGUCCUAUGCAGGAUCGUCCUAGGAAAUCUUCCAGUUUGACGGAGCUGAAGCAGAUUGCUUAUAGUGGGAGGAAGGAACAACAUUAUGAUAUGCUAAACGACCGCCAGCACGCCAGCAGCCUCUACGCCGAGGAGCAGCCCCUGAGGCGCGUCCCAAACGAUAAAUUCGCGAUCAUCGGCGGUGGUGAGAAGCUCACCCUGCCCAAUGGCGGUGCGACGAUGGCCACCAGACAGGGCCAGGCCUGCGAUUUCGAGACCUCCUGCGCUUGGAGGUGGGACACCGCCGUUGCCGAUGGUUUCAGGGUCACCGAUGGGGCGGAAUUGGCGACCAUGAACAGGUCCCAUGGACAUAUGAGCUUUCCUGUGACUGAUGCCAGCGGGGAUAGGGAUGGUAAAUUUCUGCAUCUCCAAUUGACACCAACCACAACAGUUCGCGCCCUGGUCAGCCCUGAUUUUGGAGCACCUUACAGGAGCAGUUGUUCUUUGGAAUUCUGGUUGCACCAGGAUGGCAUGGCAAAUGCUACUUUCAGGAUAAUCGUGAGGAAUCCCAAACAUGAGGUUGUCGUACACGAAGGCCGAGGAAAUAAUAAUAAUGCGUGA